UAAUUAUGUGAGUCAAAUUAGUCCCUUCCGUUAAAUAUAGGCAAACAGAGUUAAUGGGCUGAUGAUGUGGCAGUAGUCACUCAUUAGGUGUCAACACGUAAUUGAGACUGUGCUUACGUGAUGUUAGGGCACCUGAUUUUAAAAUUGGGUUUUAAUUAGAAAUUGAGGAGGUUUGGACGUGCGAUGAAGAUGAACCCCUCCCUGGAUUGCCGGUGUUGGAGAGAGCAGACGGGAUCGGAGAAGCAGUGACACGGUGGAUUGAGUCACGAAAAAAAAAACAGUAAUUUUUUGGGAGAUCUCUCUUAUGCAGACAAUCAUCCAAAUCAUCAUAAUGUUAGAUGGGAUACAUGGGGAAGAUUCGUAGAAAGAAAUAAUGCUUAUGAACCUUGGAUUUGGGCUACAGGGAACCACGAACUUGACUAUGCUCCUGAGCUUGUAAAUAUACUCCUCAAUAUGAAUGGCUUGAGGUAGAGCUAAAAAAGGUUGAUAGAAGCAAGGCCCCUUGGUUGAUUGUUCUUGUGCAUUCACCAUGGUAUAAUAGUAACACCUAUCAUUACAUGGAAGGGGAAACCACGAGGGUAGCUUUUGAGUCUUGGUUUGUGAAGUACAAGGUUGAUGUUUUGUUCGCUGGUCAUGUCCAUGCCUAUGAACGAAGUGAACGUAUAUCCAACAUUGAAUACAACCUUGUUAACGGUCGAUGUGGACCUACGAAGGACCUGUCAGCUCCUGUAUACAUAAACAUUGGUGAUGGAGGGAACAUUGAAGGCUUAGCAUUGAACAUGACAAAUCCACAACCUGAGUACUCUGCAUAUAGGGAGGCGAGUUUUGGGCAUGCCAUUUUCGAAAUAAAGAACAGAACACAUGCUCACUAUAGCUGGCACCGAAAUGAAGAUGACGUUGCUGUUACAGCUGAUUCCAUGUGGUUUUUCAACAGAUUCUGGCAUCCUGUUGAUGAUUCCACAACAAAGUGAACCAAUCAAAGCUUAUAGUAGCUGUUAGAAUGCGGUUAUUUGACAAUCGGUUGUUAGUUGGGAUUGGAAAAGACAUGUAUAUUCUCAAUUAAGAGUAGUUAGGCCUUGUAGAAGUUCUGCAAUGUCCGAACUUUUCAGAAAAUUGAUUUAUUUUUUGCUAUUUUUUCUAGUAAAGACAGUUUAUUUCCAGUUCAUAU